UUUGUACCAAUAGAUGUAAUUUUAAUUGUUUAAAAAAGUCAGUAUUUUUGUUAUUAUAAUUAAUGGUUAAAAAAUGCUUGAUUUGUUUACAAAUAUUCAAUCAGCUAAAGAUCCUCAUGAUGGAAUUCUUAUUGUUGGUGAUGGCAAUUUUUCUUUUUCAAUGGACUUGGCAUGUUUUACUUCUUCUAUCAAAAUACAUGCAACCUCUUUAGAUUCAAAAGAGACAAUUUUUGCAGACGAGUGCGCUUCUACUAAUGUAAAGUUUUUAUACAGUCAGCCAAAUGUUGUGGUCAAGCACAAUGUGGAUGCUACAAAUCUUUCACAAUAUUUCCCAAAUCAUAAGUUUGCCUUGAUUAUAUUUAAUUUUCCACAUGUAGGAGGAAAGUCUAACAUUAAAAAAUGCCGUCUUCUUUUAGAAAAGUUUUUUGAAAGCUCUGUUACCCAACUUUGUGAUCAAGGUAAAGUUUUAGUUUCUCUUUGUAAGGGACAAGGCGGAACUCCAAAAGAUGUUUCACGCGGAGCCUAUGGAAACUCCUGGAAGGUUUCGACUCAAGCAGCAAAAGCAGGGUUGAUAUUAUUAAAUGUAGAACCUUUUGAUGCUAGCAGUCUGACUAAUUACCGACAAGCUGGUUACCGAAGUUCUAUUAAAAAUGGUUUUUUAACCAAUGGUGCUCUAUUGCAUACGUUUGUUCGAAGAGGUUUUGUAAAUCUUACGUUUUUUAGAAAAAUUCAAUUAAAAGACGAAUCUUGGAACAUAUUUAUUGAGAAAAUGAAAGAACUUUGCUCAAAAUCAAUUGAAAAACUACUAAGUCUUUAUAAUAUCGAAGUAUUGUUUUCAUCCGACGUGAAUAAGUUAAAUUCUAAAUGCAUUAAACAAAUCAUACGUCGUUUAAAUACCAAAAUCAGUCCGAUAUCGGCGAGUAUUUCUUUUGAUUUAAAGUAUACCAUUCAUUUGACUAAAUGUGAGUUAAGCAGCAAAACCUUUAAAGAAGCUUUGCUGGUUCAUUUUAGAGAAAAAUUGUUUUCUAAAUUUUUUGUUGAAAGUAAAGAAAAUUCGUGUUUUUUGCACGCCUCAUGUGCUUGCAAUUCUUAUCAUUAUAAUAAAACAAACACAAGUUGUAAUGUUGAUUUUGUGCCAGAUUUUGUCGAUGAAAUUCCUGUGUCGUUUUGGACAUCUUUACCUGAGAUAACUGUUUCUUUUCAUAAUGAUACCGAAGAUUUAAAAGAAAGUAUAUCAUACAAAAAAAUUACAGCUACAGAUUAUGAAAUGACAGAAGUAGAAAAGAUCUUUUUAAAAAAGGACCACACUUGUUUUGUAAAUGUCGUUACUUGUUUUUAUAUUAACGGAUUUUGUGUGGCUAAUUUAAUAGAUAACGGCGAAACCUUAGACUUGCAGAUGCGCAUACUUGAAAUAUUUCUGGCAUGCUACGAAAUAAAGAGUUUAAAAUAUCUUUGGAGUGAUGAUGAUUUCUUUAAGCAACAAUUAUUACUGCACAUGAAUACAGAUAGCGAGUUGCAGAUUUUAACUACUCCGUCGUUGUUGAGGGGAUCAAUUCAGUACCCUUUAUGCUAUCGUCACGAUUUAUGCCUUUGGCUUGAUAACCAACAUAGCGAAGAAGAACUUUUGUCAACGAUACUUACGAAUACACACGAUUGUCUUUACGGAAUAGUUUUAUUGAAGCUAUUAAAUUACAAAGAAAGUAAUUUGGUUAGUUAUUGUUAUCGGAUGAUUUAUUCUCGAUUAGAUGGACCACUGACUCAUUUGGAUAGCGUAAAAAUCCAAAAUAAUGUCAGGCUCCGUUUGUUGGAGGCAGGAUUUAAACUCAGAUAAGUUUUAA